AUGCCUGGUGGAAUGUCCAUGAUGGGCCCACUCACAUGGCGCCAGCCUCUCCCAGACGUCGUAUCUGGUUCUGCCACCUCACAUCCACUCGCAAACAACAGCACAGUCCCUCCCAACCACGUUCUCCUGCUGCAGGCUGAGACAGCUCGCUACUGUGCGCCUCCAGACGCAUGCAAGCAGCAAUUGCUUAGCUCUGUGGUCCUGCUCCACUCACUAUACUACUCCAUUCGUGUUCCCGCACCUGUGCUGAUCACACGCAUUCCCACAUCAGUUGCGUCACUCAACCAUUGCGCAUCAUUCUCAAGUUCGCACUUUGCAUUCCAUCAAUCAUCCCCCAUCGCUGUGAUGGUACUGCUCAACUUUCCAUCGACUGUGAUGUGGCCCAAUACUGUCGUAAGUAGCAACGAUGCAGAUUCCCCAGUCCAGAUGCAUAAGGGGGAGUUGGACAAUCGUGUUGCUGCUGUUCCACACUCUGGCAUACCACCAGCGAUGAUGUCAGACGUCUGCAGGAUUUGGAUGCGGAGACAAUCGCUGUUAUCAACGUCAAUGGAGGAUGAUGAAAAGAAAGAGCAGGAGGAGGAGGAGGAGGAGGAGGAAGAGGAGGAGAGGGAGGAGGCACGUUAA